GUUUUAAUAUCAAGCUGGUCUGAGGGAGCAAGUUAACUGUAUUUUUUGGGUUUUGAUAUCAACAAUUGUUGAUAACUAACCCUGUCAGUAGGCCUGGCCUCUGUUUCUGAUCGAACCCAUGUUUACACCGACAUUUAGGGAUGGGCCUCACUGGCUCUCCAGCCAAUCCCGCCGCUCGCAGGCUCUUGGUUUGUGACGAAGCAGACAAGAGGCGGUGUUUCAGUGUAAAGUUUACGUCACCUGGAGAGCUGGAAGAGAUGUUUGUCAGUUGCCAUGGCAGCCUCAGCAUUCAUGGCUGAGCCAGGUGAUCCUGCAGAGGGGACCUGGCAGAGAUAUGACUUGUGUUUCACCGAGGCCAUCAGCCAGCAAAUGAGAGUCCCUGAUAGGCUGAAGGUAGCAGACCCAUCAUUGGGAGGCAUGGAAGAGCUGAAACGAGAUGAUCCGCCCCCAUCGUUCAAUAUGCACCUCCCUGAUAGGCUGUCACUUGCAGAUAUGCCGGAUUUGGGUCCGCGCCCCCCGUUUCUCAACAUAUCCCCCCAGAAGUCCUGGAUUGUCCCAUCUGCUGCACUGCACACCCCAUCUCCGCUGGGGAUGCUCCAAGACCAGCACACAGGGGGUUGGGAGAGGGGAAGAUAUACAAGAGAGGCAUCCCUCCGCAGAUCAAUGAGCGACUGUGCUUUCAGCAAAAGCUCCUCCGCUAUGUGUGUCUCUAAACAGCAGCACAGUCUCAGAGAUGCGGGGCCCCCGUGCUCCGUACCUCUCUACCCCUCGACAGGACCUGACCCCAACCUCCUGUCCUCGCACGGCGUGCUUAACGCAGCUAAAUAUGUGGGGCGGCAGGUCUCACAGCGCCUCCUGCAGGCCAUCAAUCAAAAAUUUGCCACCAGGUACAGUUUCCCUGAGUGUACCCAGGCUGACACAACAGACCAUGCAUUCACUGAACAUAGUAAAAGAAGUAUCCAUGACUCGGGGAUCGUUCUUGAAGGAGAGGACGUGGGGGUUGUGGAGGUUCUCGCACUUAGGAGACAGUUGAGUAAGAUGAGCAGGCGUCUGGCAGGGCUGGAGAAGCAGAGUGCGGCGCACCGGCAGACCGAGUUGGUGCUGUUCACCCUCCUGGUCAGUGCCAGCCUCGUCAACAGCUGGCUGUGGCUGCGCAGAUAGCCCUCCACCUGCACCUUGCACUGUGACUGUAGAGACUUGAGUUAUAGCAUGAAACAACGUGGGCCCGGCGCCUCUCUGUUAGCACUCCGUAGAGCUGAUUCUGCGUUGGCUGUACACCAUGAUUGUGAAGGAAUGACAUGUUUACUGCAGCUAGAGAGAGACUCUCUGGAAUAAGGGAUCUGCACAGCUGACUGCAAUUCUCUGCGCUGUCGUGGCUACAGUGACAGCUGCACACCAACCCACAGGAAUAUGGGCUCUACCCUGAAGUCUGCUUUCUGCUACUGUUCACGCACUUUUACAGACGAUGCCCCUUUAAAUCAUAUUUCAGAAUAAGAGUACUUUUAUUAUUAUGGUAUGGAUGGUAUUUAGAGUGGAGGACUGGAGUGCAGUGUGCCCUAUUGGUUAGAAUUGAGUGCUAGGAGGCAGUGUGACCUAAGUCUAUAUAAAAGCUAAGGACUGGGAGGCAGUGCGGUCCAAUUGAUAGAAUAGAGAUAAGCACUGACAGGUAGAGAUCUAAUGGUAAGGACUUUAAAGUAGUAUGGUUUUGUUAUUAGUAAAUGUUUGUUUUAAUACAAUGAAAGUAAAUCAAUAUUGAACAAAAUAUGACAUCAAUAAUAUGUAGGACGAUAUCAAUAUUCUAAAUAAGCAACUUAAUAUGCUAAAAAUUUAUUCUUUUUUAAAUUUUGUUGUAGGUUUUUAAAUACACUUUAUUUGAAUUUUACAACGCUAAUCUGAAGAGCAGUUUAUUAUUAUUUAUUUAAAAUUGUAACUCAUUGAAACAUUAUUUUGUGUGUUAUAUUGAACUAUUAGGAUGUUCUGACCCUUUGUGAGCUGUGGGGAUGAAUGGUGAGCUCUCUUACCAUCUCGCUGUAUUUCAUUGUGCUACAGUGUAUGAACAUCAUUUCAAGGGGGGUUUAUAACUAAGGCUGUAAAAAAUUCAGGGUAAAAAAUUGCUUAUGUCACUGCAUCUCAAAAUAGGUAUUUCAAGAUUUUUCACGACGAAACAUAGUAUUUUUGAAAGCAAAAUUGAUAAUUUUGUCUGGAGUUGUUAUUCAACAAAUGUUCCUAAAUAUUUAAAUGCUUAUCUGAAAAACAUUAAAUGCUAAAUUGUAGAAUAGUUUUUAUGUACACCAUUUAAAGACAUUUUACUUUCACCAUCGGUGAAUUAUCAAACAAAAUAAAAACAUAAAUAAAUGUAAAAAUAACAACAGACACGUGAAAUGUCCCCUUCUUGUACUGGACAGAGCGAUCUUUAGCAGAAGUAUUUCUGAUCUUUGAUGCAGCUGGUGUCUUUUUCAUUGAAGACAUUUUAAACAAAUCGUGCAGCUCUAUGCAAUGUGUUCAAUCAUUAACCGGGAGCAAACUAAGUCGUCUGCCAGGUUCCUAAAUGCAGUGUAACAGGUAGUGUGUCGAUAAGGCAAAUGUUUGCUGUAUUUAUUUUUAAGUGAUAAAAAAAUAUGUUUAUUUACACUAUUCAUUCAGAAAUGGGAAUUAUCACAGGGAACCACAUAUUACACGGCAAUGGGUAAAUUUAACAGAAUUGUGAAAGUUGCGAUAACCGUGAAAAAAAAUUCAACCUUAUGUAUUACUUCUGUUAAAACAUGUUGUACUUCUAUUGUGUAACAUCAAAUGAGCUGCAUGUUCCAGUCAGAUAGUUUGUUUACUAGCAGGUUGACAGAGUACAAAAUCUAAUGUGUUCUGUAGAGACUUGAAAGACUGCAUCCCCCGGGGAGAUUAGAGCAGAAGCUGCUAAUUACCUGCCUCAGCCAUGAAAGAAUUUCAAGCCUGUCUCAUCAAAUCACAAUUAAAAGUAUUUUAAUUACACAUAAUAUAGAAG